UAGUCAGAAAAAUUUUACGGUAAGCAGGACUGUGUGCUCUCGAAACGAACAGUUGAAAGAAGUAAAAAAAAAAAAAAAAAAAAAAAAAUCUUACGCUCUCCUGUGAAAUUCUCUUCAGCUACCGGGAACUGACAGCAGAAAUGAUUGAGGUGAUUUGCAACGACCGUCUUGGCAAGAAAGUCCGUGUUAAAUGCAACUCUGGGGAUACUAUUGAGGACCUGAAGAAACUGAUUGCUGCACAGACGGGGACACGAUGGGACAAGCUUGUGCUGAAGAAAUGGUACACGAUAUUCAAGGACCAUGUGACUCUUGAAGACUAUGAAAUCCAUGAUGGGAUGAACCUGGAGCUGUAUUACCAGUAGACCAGUCAAUAGACUGUUGCUGUCAGAUGUCCACAUCAUGUGAUCCAAACCCGAGAAAGAAAAUCACAAUCCAACAACC